GUAGUGUUGCACUCCUGCAUGGGCUUUUACACUGAUAGAUAAUGGAGUAAUACCACCAAAAAGGAUGGCACAGGUCUGUCAGAGACUUGAUAAACCAAUCAAACUGAGAGAAGAGCUGAGCUGCAUGCUGGUUGGUGAUGGAGCAGUAGGAAAGACUACCAUGAUUAUCAGCUACAUUUUCAAUGGAUACAACAGCGAGUACAGGCAAACAGCAUUUGAUGUUUUUACUGGUUUGGUUCACGUGAAUGGAGUCCCAACUCGUAUUAAACUGAUAGAUACAGCUGGGCAGGAGGAAUUUGGCCAUCUACGCUCUCUGUGCUAUGCCCAUGUGGAUGUCUUCAUCCUCUGCUUCAGCCUUGUCAACCCUGGCUCCUUUGCCAAAAUCACCUCCAAAUGGAUCCCACAGAUCCGUGCGGCCAACUCAACCUCUCCCAUCCUUCUGGUGGGAACUCAGUCAGACCUUUGUCAUAAUGUGGACAUCCUCAUUCAUCUGGACCGGCAGAGCACCAGACCAGUGAGCUUCAGUCAGGCGAAAAGCCUGGCUCGCAGGAUCAGAGCUCAUGACUAUAUGGAGUGUUCAGCUCUGACACAGCACAACCUGAAAGAUGUAUUUGACUGUGCUGUAUUUGCUGCCAUUGAGCACAAGUAUGCGGGCCCUAAAUCCAGAAAACUCAGCGUGCUUAAACAUUUAAAGUAUUUUUGUGACUGUAGAUGGAGAAAAAUCUUUAGACUGAUGUGAGAUUAACUCUGAAGAGCAAGGUAAACUCAGCCUUAUAAACUCUGUCUGUUGUGGGACUUUUAUGACAAAAAUGUACAUUUUUUUUUUACCAAAGUAUCUACAAAAUGUGAAAUGAGCACUAAGGAAUAAGAUUUCAUUCAUAUGGUGAUAUAGUUUUCUUUUUACUCUCACAAUAUU